GCCCUCUAUAUUUAUCGUCCAGGUUUGCAUGACGCCAAUAGUGACGGAGCAGAAAUUCAGAAAGUGGAUGGUCAUCUACCGUAGCCGGCCGUUGUUCUCAAAAUAGAACAAUGUUACUUUUAUUAGAUGACUCUAAGCGCUGGCCGCUAAGGGGGAACGUUUAGCAAAGACCAAGUUCUUGUUAUAUCUUAAUCAACAACUGCAAUCUGGCAAAAGAAUCAUGUUGCCAGAUCAAAGCAAGAAUGCAGACCAACCUCCGCUAUCGUCAGAACUGCGCUCAGCAGACUUCUUAUUACGUUUGUAGCAAGAAUGGGUUUCGUGGUUGCUGUACAGUUGAUCCAUGUGAUCUGUCCAGCUGUCCGGACUCCUACGCCCUUACGUUGUCUCUUUCGGCCUCAUCAGUCACGUCGACUAUUAGGGCCUCCUCUUCGAUGAUGCAGCCUACCUCUACUACCCCGAGCAGUUCAGCCACUUCUGCAGUGACCUCCACGCUACCUGGCGCGACGCUGACGACCUCGGACGCCCAUAGACCCGUUAUAGAGGGUGUACCACUCUUCAUAAUCGUUUUGGCCAUUGGAGUAGCCGUUCCUUUACUGGCUUUCGCCUGCUUUCUUUGGCUGAGUUCGAGGGAUCAGAAGGCUGGUGACGAAGACGGCUCUGAGGACCAGUCUCGAGGAAUUGUGGGUUCGCAAUCAUACGACCCUCCCCAGGCCCAUAUCUAUCGUAUGAGUGAUAUUGGCCUCACAGCUACAACACCCUUCACAACAGCGGUUGAGGCAGCAGUAGCUGAGUUGCCUGAUAAAGAAUGGCCUUCUGGGCUAAGCAAGGAAACUCCGUCUAGCGAGCCGGGAUCGCUUUGUGCCAGACCAAAUUUAGAUGCAACGGCGGCCGAGGUGACGCAGCGCAAGUAUGUAACGAGUUGGUCUUACUUCACUUAGCUGAGUUCUCUCGCAAGCGGGUUAAAGCAGGCUUGCCCCGCAAGGGUCUGGCUGUAAGAUAGCGUAGACUGCAGGAGUUUGUCGCGAAUAUAAAACUCCAACUUCCGCUCGUUCCGCUAUACCCAUUGUCUUUUCCUCUCUCGGCGACUCCGACUUGAUAACAUGAACGCUUCUGACACAAUCAUUGAGCCGGACUUUUCUUACUUUUGCGCAUGGUGCUAUAAGCCUCUGACAGACCUUGUUCUUCUCUCUGAGUGUGCUUGCGUGAGCGUCCCUUUAUCCGCCAAUCGAGUACACCGCUGCAUAACUACUAAUGGCAAUCAAGGUAAUCUGUUCGACAUGCUGCAGGAAUUAUCAGGAGUAUGGCUCGUCUGGCAGCGUGGUUUGUUCCAAAUACAGCCAUAACGUCAAAGGCUCUCAGGAGACUCGCGUGCUCUACAGCCUGGAAUGCUUGAUCUGUCACGACAAUUGUGAGAGGCACCUCAU